AUUUAGAUCAAAACUUCAAAUUAAAGUGAUAGAGAAUUGCGAAUCCACUUUUAUUUGAUUAUGAUUAAUUUUAUCGUGAAAAUAAGCUGAAAGUGUUACGGUCGCAGAAUUAUAAACGUGUGCGUUACUGGAUUACUCGAUACAACCGAGGUACAUGGUAGCUGUUUGUGAUGAUGUCUCUGAAGCCCCGGAACGUAGACUUUACGGAGACAUGGGCUCACCUCAAGGAAACGGUGGCGGGCGUGGUGGGGCUACGCGCGGUGGAGCGCUCGGUGUGGAACACGCGCUUCUCCGACGUGUACGCGCUCUGCGUCGCGCACCCCGAGCCGCUCGCCGACCGCCUCUACGACGAGACCAGGAAGUUCCUGGAGGAGCACGUCUCGGGGCUGCUGCAGCGAGUGCGAGGUUCCGCCUCGCUCGACAACAACGACCACAACGACGGCCUGCUCACUAGGUACGUGACGGCGUGGCGCGAGUACAGCCAGGGCGUGGCGUACCUCAACAGUCUGUACUCAUACCUCAACCUGCAGCACGUCAAACGACAGAAGGUAUCGGACGCGGAGAUCAUCUACGGCUCGUCCGCCACCGUCACGUGCCCCGAGCACGACGCCAGGCAACUCGAGGUGGGCGAGCUGGGACUGGAGAUCUGGGAGCGAGUACUAGUCAAACCGCUCGCCUCCGCACUCACAGGCCGCAUCGUGAACGCGCUGGCGGCGGCGCGCGUGUCCCCCCCCGACCCCGCGCUGGCGUCCACGCUGCGCGAGGCCAUCCACUCCACCGUGCAGGUGCGCGCCUUCCGCGUGCGCGCGCCGCUGCAGCUGUACCAGCAACUGGUGCUGGAGCCGUACCUCGCCGCGGCGAGCGCGUCGCACGCGGCCCUGGCGGCGUCGCUGCUGGCGGGCGGCGACGUGGCGCACUACACGCGGCACGCGCUGGCGGGGCUGGAGCGCGAGGUGGCGCUGGGCGCGCGCUUCCUGGACGCCUCCUCCGCCGACGCCGUGCGCAGCGCCUACGAGCGAGCCGCCGUCGCCGCGCACCUGCCCGCGCUGCACGCCACCGUGCGCCAGCUGCUGCGCGACGCCGCCGCCAGCGACCCCGCCGCUGCCGAGCGUCGCGCGGACCUGAAGCGCAUGUACACGCUGCUGCGUCCGCUCGGCGCCGCCGCGCUGCGCCCGCUCGUCGACGCCGCACACGCGCAGGCCGCCGCCGACGGACACGCGCUGCUCGCACAGCCGCACAACAAGGACGAGGCACACACGCACUUCGUGAGCGCGAUGCUGUCGCUGCACGGCAAGUACAGCGCGCUGUUCGGAGACGUGUUCGGCGGCGCGCAGGCCUUCGUCGGAGCACUCGACAAGGCGUGCAGCGCGGUGGUGAACUCGCGGCUGCCGCUGGACACGGGCGCGCGCGCGCCGGAGCUGCUGGCGCGCUACUGCGACGCGCUGCUGCGCCGCCGCGGCCUCGACGCCGACGACAAGCUCGCCGCCGCCAUCGUCGUCUUCAAGUACGUCGACGACAAGGACGUCUUCCAGAAGUACUACGCGCGAGCCCUCGCCCGCAGGCUCAUACACCAGCUCAGCGCCAACAUGGAGCAGGAGGAGGCAAUGAUCAACCGUCUGAAGGCGGCGUGCGGCUACGAGUUCACGAACAAGCUGCACCGCAUGUUCACCGACGUGGCCGUCUCCGCAGACCUCAACGCCAAGUUCCAGCAGCACCUGCGCGACAACAACCUGACCACCAGCACCGGCUUCUUCAUCCAGGUCCUACAGGCGGGCGCGUGGCCGCUGGGCGGCGCGAUGGCCCCGCUGGCGCCGCCGCAGCAGCUGGAGCGGCCGGCGCGGCUGUUCGAGGCCUUCUACCGCGCCUCCUUCAGCGGCCGCCGCCUGGCCUGGCUGCACCACCUGUGCACGGGCGAGCUGCGCCUGCGCUACACGCCGCGCCUCGUGCACGUCAGCGCCUCCACCGCGCAGUGCGCGCUGCUGCUCAGCUUCGAGAGCGUGGACACGUGGCUCGCGCGGGAGCUGCGUGACACGGCACAGCUGCCCGGCGAGGCGUGGGCGCGGCACCUGCGGCCGCUGCUGGACGCGGGGCUGCUGCUGGCGCGCGGCGACGUGGGCGCGGAGGCGGACGCCGAGCCCGCGCCCGACGCCACGCUCGCGCUCAACCUCGCCUUCAGCAGCAAGCGCACCAAGCUGCGCCUCACCGUCGCCAACGCGCCCAACCACACCGGCGGCAGCGGCAGUGCGGGCGGCGCGGCGCCGGGCGAGGCGGACGCGGCGCACUGCGACGACGACCGCAAGAUGUACCUGCAGGCCGCCAUCGUGCGCAUCAUGAAGCAGCGGAAGGUGCUGCGCCACACGGAGCUGAUCCAGGAGGUGGUGUCGCAAGCUCGCGGCUCCUUCGCUCCCUCCGUCGCCAUGAUCAAGAAGUGCAUCGAGGCGCUCAUCGACAAGCAGUACCUCGAGCGAGCACCCGCCGCCCUCGACACCUACUCCUACCUCGCCUAGCUGAUGACAAGGUGGCGCCGACCUGGGUACGAAUGCAAGGAACAGAACGUCAUAUCUUAUCAACGUCGUAUAAUUGUCAUGUCGUAUAACGAAACGUUUUUGUCAUCAACAUUUUAAAAGAUAGAAAAUAAAUAAAUGGAAUAAAAUGAGAAAAGAAGUCGGAUUAUUGUCCGAAUGUCAUUCAAAAUGUAUGCAUUUGAGGACUAUUAGCCUUACUACAAAAACUUAAACAUCGGUUGAACACUUGUUUAAAAAAAUGUGGCUUCAAAACGGACCUUAUUUCAACGUUAUAAUCUGCAAGUUUUUUAUAGAAAUGUUCAACAGACGUUUACAAGUUUUUGUGGUACGACGGAAUAAUAAUAUGUCCAGAUAUCUGAAUUUCUUGGGUCUCGGCUCAAAGGGUUCGGUGCAAUGUUUUUUUUUAAUUUGGCAAAAGCAAACUCACGUAGUAGGUACAACGCCAUCUGUCUUUUUGUUUGGGAACUAUUUUUUUUUUAAUUCUCAAAAAGAAAACCUCCCAUUGCGUCGAAAUAUAGUUUAGUACUUUUGUAUCGACAUAGUUGCAUAGGUGACAGACUCGGUACGUGCUAGAGUUGCCAAGUAGUCGAUAGAUAUCAUGUCGAUAGUUAGUGAUAUCGUGUGAGUAUGCAAGGACAUCGAUAGUGCGCGGUAACGGCUCUAGUUAUACGGUAGCUGUAUCGACACUUGUAUAAAGUUUUUAAUAUAUUGACUGUCAUUCGUGCGGCGGUCGGGCUCGACGCUCACCUCUAACACUUUUUCAUACAUUAUAGAUUUUAUAUAAACACGUUUUUAAUAGUGUUUGUUUUUAAUGAUCGCGUCCAUCAAUGUUGAGAACAUUUUGUAAGCAUGCAGUUUGUGUUUCUUUGUAUUUAUUAGCGCAAGCUGUGGAGUGGACAGUAACGUAUGGUAUUGUUGUUAAAGGUAGCGCGUUCGAGUCCCGGCGAGCGCGAGCCUAGCGCCGUCAUCUGUUGUAUAUCUAAAUGUACAAUAAUAUAUAUAAUAUUUAACGCUAGUAGAGGGCGCUGUCGCGUCGACUAUAAAUAAUAAUUAUUAAAAUAAACUUGUACGAACAUCGUUA